CGGAGCCGGUCGCUCGUCGUGCGAGCGUCGUGACGUUGGCGUUUCUCGCGGCAUCUGAACGACGCGAACUAUCAAGCCGCCAGCGGUCGGUCGCGCUCGAAACGCCGCGCCGCGCCGCGCCGCGCCGCGCACCAUCAGCCACCUUCAGUUCAUCCGGUCUAUCGCGGUCGCGGUCAGUGCUUUGUCGCGUUUUGUGCGCGAUCCGCAAGUGCCCAAGUGUGUUCAGUGUGUGAUUAACAAUGAGCGCGGCAACGAGAGAUAGGACCGCGUCGUAAUUUUUGAUUGAUACGUCUUCGUCGGCGGCGCUUUUCGCACGGCGUACACGUCGAUCUAGACGGCUGCUGGUCUGGAAAUCUUGGAGAUCUCUCGCUUUCCCGCGCAUAUUCCCUGCGUACGUGUGGGAGGUCGAAGUUUUCGCCGAUAAUCCGACUUAGCAUCUGCCGCUUAACAAGGCAAGUAUAAUUAUCGGGGGAUACGAAGAGGACCGUUUCGUGAGCAGAUAUCCGCCUCGUAAGGAGCGUCCUGGAUAGCCUGGCCAGUACGUUUCUAAGAUUGGAGGAAAUUGACGUUCUAUGGAAAUGCAACCAAUGUACGUAAUUGCGAGAUCGAUAUAAUUGAUCAGCGCACUUGCGGGAGCCGACAUCGAGGCUUUUACCAUAUUCAAAAACAAGAAACUCUCUCUAGUUGGAGGAAACCACGAGCGACGAGCGGUACGAGAAUGCGGUGACGUUGAGAAACUCGAUCCGAAAAUACAUAUCGUAAUGUACAUGUGCCGAGUAUUAAUUAGAACAUAAAGAAAUCAUAUCCACAGCGUCUAUACGACCCUAAUUCACAUGCUGAUGCAUGAUCAUUUCGCCGUUCUACGUUGACGUAACGGCGAGAACCAAAUAUCGACAUAUCGAUUGCUAAACGUAUCACACUACAUCAUUAAAACUCGGUAGACGUCUGCCACGUCGGUAUAUCUCGAACUGGUGCAAAAUUAAUUUUUGCACGAUUUAUAAAGAUCUGCUUUAUCCCGCCUCGUCUAUCGCAAUGGAGCAUCGACAGAGAGAUCAAUCGUGAAGAAUAGUCUCGCCGAAACGGACGAUAAACGCAUGUAUUAUCACGGAAAGUUAUCGAAGUUGCACGUCAGUGACUGUCAGUCAUUUCGAUUAGGAUAAAAUAUCGUUCUACGGGGCUCUCGCUGUGAAAUUCCUGACGCGGUUGCUCGUGAAAGGAACGCGUCUCCCGUGGAUCUCCUCUCUCUACCCGGGCGUUUAAUUAGCGUCCUCGAUCGUGUAGAAAGGAGGAACUAGCCUAGGCGCCCGGACCUUUCGACGUCACACGGCGAGAGCUGAUCGGAGAGAGAUCGAAGAGGGGCGAGAGGAUGUUGCUGAGGUAACACGACAUUUCGAGGCCGCACGAGAAGUACGAUAAUCGCAACGCGGGAAGGUGUCGAUCGCAGCAGGCGCAUAAAGGAAAGGAUCGAAGAGUGGCGGAAGGAUGGGUUUUCCCAGGAGAAGGUCGUUGUGGCUGAAAGUGGCGGUGCUGGCGACCGCCGUGUGGGUGACCGUCUGUUUUCUACUCUACACGGAGGAUCGGGCGGCGGCCGCCGUCCAGGGGUUGGCACCGUCGGGCGUCGCGAUGCCGCAGCAACCGGCAGCGAACGGCUUUGUGCCCGCGGCGCCGUUUAGAAAAGAGUCGACCGGAAAUGUGAUAAGCAACAGAGCGAAGAAUCAAGCCGGACUGAAGCAAGAUCCCAUAGUACCACGGAAGUUGGAUGCUACAGCAGCCGGCGAGAUGGGCAGGCCCGUGAUAUUGCCGGCCAACAUGUCCGCGCAGACGAAGAAGCUGGUGGACGAUGGCUGGCUCAAUAACGCGUUUAAUCAGUAUGUCAGCGAUCUAAUCUCCGUGCACAGAUCUUUGCCCGAUCCACGCGAUCAAUGGUGUAAGGAGCCUGGUAGAUACUUGACGGACCUUCCGCCUACAGCGGUAAUUAUCUGCUUCCAUAAUGAAGCUUGGUCCGUGUUGCUGCGUACAGUGCACUCCGUGCUGGAUAGAUCGCCGGAGCAUCUCAUACAGGAAAUCAUUCUGGUCGAUGACUUCUCCGACAUGCCUCAUCUCAAGCGUCAGUUGGAGGACUAUAUGAUGAAUUAUCCGAAAGUGAGAAUUAUCAGGGCGAAUAAACGAGAGGGCCUUAUCAGGGCGCGCCUGUUAGGCGCCGCGGCGGCCAAGGCUCCGGUACUCACGUAUCUGGACAGCCAUUGCGAGUGUACGGAGGGCUGGCUGGAACCUCUUCUGGAUCGGAUCGCGCGCGAUCCGACGACGGUAGUUUGUCCGGUGAUCGAUGUUAUAGACGACUCCACCCUGGAAUACCACUGGCGCGACUCGAGCGGUGUAAAUGUCGGUGGAUUCGAUUGGAAUCUCCAGUUCAAUUGGCAAGCGGUGCCCGAGAGGGAGAAAAAGAGACACAAAAACGCGGCCGAACCCGUUUGGUCACCAACGAUGGCUGGCGGCCUCUUUUCGAUAGAUCGAGCCUUCUUUGAACGUAUCGGCACGUACGACAGUGGCUUCGACAUCUGGGGCGGCGAGAAUCUUGAAUUAUCAUUUAAAACCUGGAUGUGCGGAGGCACCCUGGAAAUUGUGCCGUGCUCGCACGUGGGUCACAUCUUCAGGAAACGUUCGCCUUACAAGUGGCGCAACGGCGUGAACGUGCUCAAGAGGAACAGCAUAAGGCUGAGCGAAGUGUGGCUGGACGAGUACGCCAAGUACUACUAUCAGAGGAUAGGUCACGACAAGGGGAACUACGGCGACAUAUCGGAGCGGAAAGCUCUAAGGAAGAAACUGGGGUGCAAGUCGUUCAAGUGGUACCUGGACAACGUUUACCCGGAACUCUUCAUUCCGGGCGAGGCGGUCGCCUCCGGAGAGGUCCGAAAUCUCGGCGAGGGCGGUAACACCUGUCUGGACUCGCCCGCUCGCAAGGCCGAUUUGCACAAACCGUGCGGACUAUAUCCCUGUCAUCGACAGGGUGGAAAUCAGUACUGGAUGCUCAGCAAGACGGGCGAAAUCCGUCGAGACGAGUCGUGCCUGGACUACAGCGGCAGCGACGUUAUUCUCUAUCCUUGCCACGGCAGUAAAGGGAAUCAACAAUGGAUCUACAAUCCUCAGACUAAUCACAUCAGGCAUGGUAGCAGCGACAAGUGUCUGGCGAUUACGGAGAGCAAGCAGCAACUGGUGAUGGAGGAAUGCUCGCCCAAUGCCCCGAGACAGAGAUGGUCCUUCGAGAAUUAUGAUCCGUCGAAGCUGUGAUACCGCGCCUUCUCACGUCGUCAUUCGCACAAUCGCGGCCACGGUCCCGAGCGCGCCGGAUCUUGGCUACCAGGCAAACGAUACUCGAUCGCGAAGACCCGCUUCGGCAGAUAAAUCUCGCGGAUUCCGCAAGAAAUCACGAAGAUUCCUGGCUGAGCCGCUCGGGACCGAUUGGUGGACCCUAUUCAAACUCCACGCGUUUCCUCGAGGAGCGACGUGUCAAGAACAAAAGCGUCCAUCGACCUCUCCAGCGGCGAACUCGAAAUGUGUGAAACAAAGCGGAAGAUCGCUCGAUGCAACGAAACGUUUGCGAGGACAAUACACUUAGAGAAUUUUGUACUCGAGAAACUGCAUUUAAUUAGAAUAAGUUCCGGAGCGUACCGACGCUCGAACCGAUUUUGAUUUGAGUUUCAUGUAGCCCUAAGUACUGAGAGUAUUACGAGAGAUUGGCUCGGACGUGGUCGUGGACGAACGUGAUCGUAUCGACCAUCGAAUUAGCUCUCGAUCGUCACUUUCGUUCGUUGAUCAUUCACGCUUCCAUGUGGGAAUGAAAUGGGAAGCGGGAUGCUCGAUGCUAUCACAGGGGAGCGACGCGUCGUGUCGAUUCUUGCGGCCGAAUCGUCGAUUGUUCGUCUGAAUGACGAGUAGCGAAUUAUUUCCCUCUCCGCGUUACGGCAAUUUUACGGAGAACGAAACUGCAAAAUGUCUUCGGCGCAGUCUGAACGCAGCCGUUAUUCUUUAGGAAAAUCAAGUGCCAAAUUUCGAAUACUCCCAUCCCAAGCUCGCUGCAACCCGAGACGAACUCCGAUUCUGUUAAAAUACCGAACACGCACUACCGUUAAUGAAAACGUGUGGUUGCGUGUACCACAAUGAUUUCACGAGAUCGUAUUAGACGAUAUCUGCUCAGUCGUGCUUAACUCUUGGAGUGCCAUGUGCGAGUUCGAGGGAAAAACGCGAGGAGAAUUAUGAGCUCCCUUUAACGCAAGUUGCGUUUGAAUAAUCUGCAUUGUUCUCACGCAACGGCUCACGAGAUAGCAUGCAUCUCUGCACAUAAGCAGAGAUGGUUUUACCUUCAAGUUUUAAUUCCCGAUCACGCUUUUCUCGGUAUUCGGGAAGUAUUUCGAAGAUGAAGCUGUCGUCCAAUGGGGGGGACACGAGCAAUUUUGCUCUACACUCCAUUUUAUUUCGAAGACGCAUGCAAUGAUAUCAACCAAUCACUAAAUGUCAUUUCUCAUGUUAAAAUAAUUGCUGAACGUCAUAUCGCUAAUCGACGAUUCGAUUAACCGCAAUGGCAUUCGUUGAUCGCUCAUAGUCUCUUUCUUGCUGCCCCUUUGGAGGCUGAAUUUUACAUUCCAGACUCGCCGAGACGAUGACGGCGACGUUUCGCGUAACAACAAGAGAGAAUAUAUGUAUAUAUAAAUAUACACAUAUAUAUUCUUUUUAGUUUAAUUUAAAUACUUGCGUAGAUUUAAUUAGGAACGAACGGAGGAGGAGGGCGAGAGAAACAUUCCGGGGAGCGAAUUGUUUGAUUCUGUUUGUACAAUACAUUCUUGUAAGAUACAAUGUCUUGAUGCCAGUUCAGAGAACGUAAGUACCGCCUAAGUAGCUUUAAAAGAAUGUUACUAAGUGUGUGAACAUGUAUGAGUUAUUAAUCGUAAGCGGAUUCGUCUUCGCUUUCGACAUUUUGCGAACGAUUCACGAUCAGCGUGAAUCGUCGUUCAGUUGUACGUGUAAAUUCGCUAGCAGAUACUUUAUGAAGAGUACACUUUUAUAAGGAAAUAUGUGACUCGUUUCUUAUAAUUUUAGCUACAUAUCACUAUGUGAGCGCGAUAAUUCGAUAAGAAUCGACGCGCAUAAUACAGUCUUCGUAUAAAAGUAAGAAUUUAAAUCUAAAAUUAACGAGUCUUUACCUGUUAGUUAUGUGUUAAAAAAAUUUAUAACGUGUUUGCCUGAGAAUGGUCUAAUUUAAAACUAGUGGUCUAACGAUUUCAUCUGUUCUCCAGAAGGUAUUCAGAUUUAAAAAUGAUUUUUGCGUGCCAAUAAAAUCAUAAAUAUCAUUACAUGUGCGGAAAUGCAUAAUAAAACAGUAAAAUUGAUAAUCGUAAAAAAUUAACAAUUAUAUAUUGAUCUAUAUUAUUGUUAAUUCUUCUACAAAUCUGAUCAUGUGGUGCAAUUUUAUUUUAUUUUUCUUUUUUUAUUACUCAAGAGCAUAACAAUUGUAAAAUUUCAUAUGUCGGCGAAAUGUAGCGAAGAAAAUUCAAAUAUCACGUAUAGAACUUUUUCUUAACGGAAAUUGUGAAAAAGCGUACAUAGCUCUGUUAAAAUCAGUCGAAUAUGUUCAGAAGUCGCAAUGAAAAUUUGCAAAAUUAGCGCGGCUGCACUUCUCGCGCGACGGUGCGAACCACGUCGCGCCUGAAUUUGCGAUUUCGCGUGUAAUUAACUGUGGGUGUAUGAAUGCGUUAAAUACGUUUAAUUGCGGAUAAGAAUUUCGCAUAGGAGAAAAGAGAAAGAAAGAGAGAGAGAGAGAGAGAGAGAGAGAGAGAGAGAGAGAGGAAAUGGCGAAUGCAAGCCCGCGUACGAUUGCGUGUUUUAAUUUAGACACGACUAACUAGCGAUUCUCAUUUUAGGAUUAAUCGAGUUUCUCGAAACCGCAAUUUUGCCAAUGCGAGACACGAGACACGAGUUGAAUAGCUUAGGGAGUGUGAUUGUGUAAGUCGCGGAUAAUCUCGCAUGCGAGAAUCCGCCUCGCGAUUCGUUCCUAAUGGUCCGACGCGAGCAGACGCGAACGAGCGCGAGUGCAGGUCGACGAAGACGUUUAUACAAAUUAUAUAUAUAUAUUAUAUAUAUAUACGACAUUUUCUACAUUUGGUAAGGACGUUGCAUAUCGUAAGGGACGGAGAGAGACAAUUGAUAGUAAUUAUAAACGUGACUAACGCGCGAUCAUCGGAAGAGGAAAGACGCAUGGUUUCCCGCGCACGGCGCGCCCGUCGCGCAUUUAAUUAAUAUAAUAUCAAACGUGCCUUAUUUCGUGUAUAUAUGAAUAUUAUUAUCAUUAUUAUAUCAUUACUACAAACCUCUAUCAUAACGUGCAAGUAUUUGUGUUGAAUAAAUCGAUGUUGUUUUAUGUUA